AUGGCAGAAACAAUCCCCGGUCCUCGUGGACUCCCGCUCAUCGGCAACCUCCUGGACAUCUGGGAAGACCGAUCCAUCCCCCUCCGUGGCCUCGAGCGCCUGGCUUCCAUGUACGGUCCCAUCUUUCAAGUUACGAUCAACGGCCAACGACGUAUCGUCUGCAGUUCGGCUUCUCUGCUUGGGGAGCUGAUCGACGAGAAACGCUUCGUCAAGAUCCCACCUCCCACGCUUGCGGCAAUACCAGGUCCCAAAGGUCUCUUCGUUGCCCGGAAUGAAGAUCCAGACUGGGCUCAAGGUCAUCGAAUUCUCAUGCCCGCAUUUGCUCCUCUGUCGGUUCAGGAAAUGUUUUCUGACAUGAAGGAUAUUGCCAACCAACUCAUUUUGUCCUGGGCGAGGAAAGGACCCGAGAAUAGGAUUUUGGCUACGGCAGACUUCACCAAACUCACCCUGGACACUAUCGCUUUGUGCACCAUGAGCUACAGAUUCAAUUCUUUUUACUCCGACACAAUGCACCCCUUCGUGGAGGCCAUGGACUUCAUCUUCAAGGAGAACACGGCAAAGUCAAGCCGACCAGCCUUUAUCCAAAGCCUCAUGUUCAGGGCCAACGCGCAAUUCGAAGAAGCUCGAAAAGUACUACAAGAAACUGGUAAAAGCAUCAUUGAAGGCCGCAGGGCCAAUCCUACCGACAAGAAAGACGUCUUGAACACUAUGAUCAAUGGCAAAGACCCCAAGACAGGAGAGGUAAUGCGGGAUGAACUCAUUGUUGAGCAGAUGAUCACGUUCCUGAUUGCCGGACACGAAACGACUUCUGGAAUGCUCUCCUUUGCUAUCAUGCAGCUGUUGAAGAACCCUGACGCCUACCUCAAGACGCAGAGGGAGAUUGACGAAGUUAUUGGUGAUAGAGCCAUUGAAGCAGCCGACAUGCACAAGCUGAAGUAUCUCAACGCGGUCCUUCGCGAGACUUCUCGCCUCAAUCCCACGGUGCCUGUCCUUCAGAAGCACAUAAGCCCUGCCAUCAGCCACCGACUCGUCACACUCGACGGCGGAAGAUACAUGAUCAAACCCUCUGACCACGUCGUUUGUCUGGUAGGCAAAACUCAGAGGGAUCCAAAGGUUUGGGGGGAGAAUGCCGAAGAGUUCGAUCCUGAUCGUAUGCUGGACGAGAACUUCGACAAAAUCACUGCAGAACAUCCUGGUUGUUGGAAACCGUUCGGUAACGGAAAGAGAGCCUGCAUUGGGCGGCCUUUCGCCUGGCAAGAAGCUAUGCUCGGCCUCGCAAUGAUUCUUCAGAACUUCGACGUGAAGUUUGAUGAUCCCAACUACAAGCCAGUUGUCAAACAAGCACUGACAGUCAAACCGGACAACCUUUACAUUCGGGUUACGCCGCGGAAAAGCAUGAACGCAACAGCAAUGGACAGCCUGAUUCACAGCAAAUGCGCGAAAGAGAACCUGGCUGAGCGUACAUUGAGUUGUAGCAAACCAUCAGACGCGACCAAGCCGAUGACAAUCCUCUAUGGCUCGAACACUGGCACUUGUCAGGCCUUCGCCCUCCGGCUUGCUUCGGAUGCGGGAGCUCGUGGGUUCAAUGCCGGGGCGUAUGAUCUGGACACGGCAACAAACUCUGUGCCAAAGGAUCAUCCAGUCAUCGUCAUUACGUCCUCUUACGAAGGGCAGCCGCCAGACAACGCCGCCAGAUUUGUUGAAUGGCUCUCCACCUGCGAACCUGGCUCAUUAAGUGGCACGCAAUACACCGUCUUCGGGUGUGGCCAUCGUGACUGGAGCCAGACUUUUCACCGCAUUCCCAAACUUGUGGAUACCCUCCUUGAAGGAGCAGGCGCAACACGAAUUGCUCCGGUCGGCCUGACGGAUGCUUCCAAGGGCAAUAUUUACGGGGACUUUGAAGACUGGGUUGAUUCGUCCUUGUGGGCGACUCUCACAAGUGGAGAUAGUCAUGGAGUCAUUAUGGCUACGAGGGUCGAAAUCUCCACCAAUGCUCGCUCCUCGAACCUGCGGUACGAUGUCAGCCUCGCCACCGUCAAGGAGAACCGAGUCCUCACAGCCGAAGGGGAACCGACCAAGUGCCAUAUGGAGAUUGAGCUUCCGCAGGAUGCAACAUACCAGUGCGGAGACUACCUGGCAAUCCUGCCUCUCAACGGCGAGAAGAUCGUGAAACAGAUUAUGGCUCACUUCAGCCUACCAGGUGACGCCGUCAUCACAAUCAAAGCCACCGGUUCUUCCGCAAUCCCGACAAACACUCCUCUAUCUGUGUUUGAUGUUCUCCGGAGCUACGUCGAGCUGUUACAGCCGGCGACUAAAAAGAACCUCAACACUUUGGCGAACCACUCCGACGAUUCAUCGGACAAAGCGUUCUUGCAGAGCCUAGCAAACGAAGACGUCCAAUUUGAGCACGAAAUUACGCAGAAGAGAACGAGCGUAUUCCAUCUUCUUACCAGAUAUCCGUCCAUCAAGCUACCGUUCGGGGAAUUCCUCGGCCUUCUCCCGCCGUUGCAGCUCCGGCAGUACUCGAUAUCGUCAUCAUCCCUGGCCAAUCCACAUGCAUGCACGAUUACUUACGGAGUGAUUGACGCUGCUGCUCUUUCCAAUCCUAGCCAGCGCUUCGAAGGCGUGACUGGUACGUACCUCCAUGGUCUCGAAGCGGGUGAUUCGAUCCAGGUCAGUAUCCGACCGACGGCCAAGAAGAUGUUCCGUCUGCCACCGGAUCCACAACAAGUCCCCCUCCUCAUGUUUGCUGCCGGGACCGGGAUUGCGCCCUUCCGUGGAUUCCUCCAGGAACGAGCUCUUCAGAUCGAAUCCAAUCCAGAUAGAAAGCUGGCCCCUGCGCUUCUGUUCUUGGGAUGUCGCAGUCCGACCAAAGACAGAUUAUAUGCUCAGCAGCUCGACGGCUGGGUCAAAAGUGGUGUCGUGGACAUCAGAUACGCGUUCAGCCAGGAGAAGGAAGCAUCUAAGGGUUGUUCAUAUGUGCCAGAUCGAAUGAUUCACGACGCGAUUGACCUUGUGGAAAUCUGGAGGAAUGGAGCUCGUGCCUAUGUAUGUGGCACGCGAAAGUUCGCAGAAGGAGUACGUGGUGCGGCCACCAAGAUUGCAGCCAUGGCCAGGGAUGACCAGCUUCAGCGGACCGAAGUUGAGCUGGAAGAGCUACAAACUCGGUUCCGGGAGGCAUUGGAGACCAGAGCUGCCAGUGAUGUCUUUGAUUGA